CACAGCCAGGAACUCAUUGUCACAAAAACACAUUAGAUCUGAUAGAAAUUUCAAACUUUUGAACAAACGUCUUUCGAAUUAAGACCCAAAAUAAAUACCGAACAACAUAUCCAUGGCUAGCGCUCUCAAGAAGGUAAUCGUGGUGGAAUCGAAAACCAAUUUCGAUAGCAUCAUCGGCGAUGCGGGCAACAAGCACAUCCUGGUGGAGUUCUAUGCCACCUGGUGCGGUCCCUGUGCCCUGAUCGGGCCUCGACUCGAGCAGAUGGCCAACGAGUAUGCCGGCCGCAUGCUCAUCCUAAAGAUCGAUGUAGAUGACCACGAGGAACUGGCCAUCGAGUACGAGAUCACCAGCAUGCCUACCUUCCUGAUCAUCAAAAACAAGGUGACUCUAGCCCAGUUUGUAGGUAGCAACGCUGAGAAGGUCGAGAGCACUGUGGAGAAGUUUGUCGGCAAGCCGGAAGGCAUGAAGACGGUCACACCCGAGGGUGCUGGGACCUCGCGUGCCGUGGCCGAGGCCGCCAAGAGUGCUUUGGCAACGGGCGAAGCGGAGAAAAGGCUCGAGAAGAAGCCAACUAUGGAUAAGAAGUGAGGAUGUCACGAAUUUCGGUUAUUGCUCUAAAUUAAAAAUUUAACACCCAUGCCUGGCCUCUAUUGAGUGUCAACGACUUUUGGGGGUAGACUCAAGUGCGCAUUUAGUGGGAAAUAUGUUUGGGGAUU